GUCUCUGCGAAGGUGACUGGGACUGAACAGAUGGUGACAGAGAGAGAAGCAGCGACGACUGUAGAUGACAAACGGUUAUUCUCAAGCAGUCAAACAAGAGGUCCCUUACAACAGACACAGCAGAGCGCAUGCGAACAUAUUUCAGUUAGCAGCAUUUAAGGUUAGAGAAAGUUACUUAUUAAAACUCGGGAUUAACUUAAGUCCAUUUAUUUCAAAGGAGUAUACUAUAAGGUUGCAAUAGCAGGACCGAAGAAGCGUGUAUGGAAAGCGAGCAAGUAAGGAGACGAAGCGUCUUUGGACAGUGUAAAGUCAAGGAAGGAUAGGUAGGCAACAUAGCUACCAGCCGAUAGCCUGAUCUAGUUCUAAACGGUUUUGGUACAAGACUAAGACUGGAUAUUGGCGGGAGAGGAGCCAACGGGAAUUAUUGAUCACAGUGCAAAAUACUUGAAGUAACCUUUGAGCGUCACUGUUGGAAGUAGCCUAAUGGCGCAUUUGGGGAGCAAAGAGCACCGACGAGACGCAUCAAACUGUUUCAAAAUUCAGCUCCAGCUCUGAAAGCUGAGUUCACUUUCAAACAACAUUGGAUUAAGAAUCGUAUAUCGCAAAGUCUUACAUAUUGAUUUCGGAUUUAUAUUGAUUAUAUUUAGGCUAUGGACCAGAGGCGAGGGUUCUGAAAACGUGUCCAGCACGCCGAGCGGCUUCUAAAUAUCUGCUGUUGCUUUCCACACCGACCACAGCAUCGCAACACCAGCAAACACCGACAAAACCAACAGCUGUUGUCCCAACUUGGAUAAGACAUGCAGAAAAUGCACAGGAAGGUUAACCUGCUGUGGGUAGUCUUCUUGACGAUGACCCAGGUGUCAAUCAAGAGCUUCCCCACCAACAGUCAAAAGAGUGCAGUCCCCAAGGACAGGAGCACUGCGACCACGGAGGCGAUAUCUCAGGCUAGCCCGGGUGGCGAUGUGGGUGAGACUCUGGAGGACCUCCAGCAGCAGAACCAGCUCCAGAGCCUGGCAUCAUCCAACCCAUCCUCCCAGAGACCCCGACGCCGUGGCUGGUCCCAGGGGGUUCUGCCCAAACCAGAACCAGAGGAGGAUCCAGAACCCUUCAUCCUGGACCUCAGGAACUUCCCUGAGCUGGCCAACGCAGACCUGGGAUCUCACAACCCUAAUAUACAGGUGACCAUCGAGGUGGUGGAGGACCCACAGACAGAGAUGGAGAUGGACCUGGCCAAGGAGGGGGGGGAGGGGGGCCGCAACGACUGGUCCCUGUCAUCGGAGGAGUGGCUGGGCCACAAGAAGCUAUUCUGGCCUCUGUUCUGGGAGUACCCAGACCAGGCUGAGAGCGGGCCUGGCAGCAGGACCAGCCUAGAGGAACAGGAGCAGCCCACAGAGGACUAUAACUACAACCCCGAGGAGCAGGAACCUGUACUUAGUGGGACCGGGGGGACUGGGGUGGGGGCAGGCGUGGGUGGCGGCUGGGCCAGCCGCUGGAGCAGCAACAAGGGAUGGGACUCCAAGGAGAACUACGAGUACGAGGAGGAGGAGUGGAGCGUCUGGUCUCCAUGCAGCGUCACCUGUGGCCAUGGCAACCAGAAGCGUAUCCGUUCAUGUGGUUAUGCGUGCACGGCGACCGAGUCCCGGACCUGUGACCUGGACAGAUGCCCAGAUGACCUGUUAGCAGUGACUGAGCUGAUACCUCUGGAGACAACAAAUGGCACUGACUCCCUCGACACAAACGUGGACAGCUGUGAGAAGUGGCUGAGCUGCAAGAACGACUUUCUCCAGAAGUACCUCCAUCAGGUGCUGACCGAACUACCCAGCUGCCCCUGCUCUUACCCAUCUGAGGCCGUCUACAGCGCCGUCAACAUCUUCGACAAGACGCUGCGUAAGACCUACCGCUGGCGUGACGCCUCCGGCCCCAAAGAACGGCUGGACAUCUACAAGCCCUCCGCUCGCUUCUGCACACGCUCCAUGCUCUCCUUCGACAGCACCACACUGGCCGCGCAGCACUGUUGCUACGAUGACCACAUGAAGCUGAUCACACGGGGGAAAGGGGCGGGCGCGCCAAACCUCAUCAGUACGGAGUUCUCACCGGAGCUGCAUUACAAAGUGGACGUGCUGCCCUGGAUCCUGUGUAAAGGGGACUGGAGCCGCUUCCACUCUGUGAGGCCGCCCAACAACGGGCUGCAGUGUGCCCACAACCCCACAGAGGACGUGUACCAGGCUGAGCUAGUGGAGGCCCGUGAGUACUGAGGGAGGAGAGGGGGAGGAGUACUGAGAUCCUGAGUGGGGAGAGAGACACUUGGUUCCAAUGGCUCUAUUGGAUUUGGGCAUGGGCCAUGUACUGAAUAUAUUGUAUUAACUAUCAGUUGCUUUGGAUGAAAGACCUGGAGACCCCCUCCCCCUUACUCAGUGUUUGGACACAUUAUGGUACAGAGUUUAGUGAAUAACGAAAUUUUACAUUUUUCUAAUCAGGCAACCCGGCAGCCACCCAUCCAAAAUGGAGUCAAGUUGAGUACUCUUAUCUGGAGUGGGUGGGAAAACUCUAAGAGCGUCGCGUCUUAAUGGCGCGUUGUUAUGACAUCAUCACCAGCAAGCAUUUCCUCAUUGGAUGACUCAUCAGAAUCCACCUGCCAAUUGGAAUAUGCUUUCCCAUGGAUGACUUACUGUGGUGUUACGGGAAGAGAAAAAAACAACUAUUUUCUAACUGGUAAUUUAUUGCUUGUGAAAGUCUGGAUUUUGGAGAGCAUUUUUUUGGGCUACACUCAAAAAAAAAGAAAAAAAAACACUGGUUUGUAAACGUUGGGAAAUUUUAAAGAGGGAGAGACUGCAAUUAGAUUGUCCUAGUUCUCUCUGACACCCCUCAACCCACCACCCCAUAGACUCACAUGUGCUGCUGCUAUUGAGAAAAGGGAUGGGGGGAUGGGUACAGGGGGAUGGGAUGGCUCAGUGGUUGCAAUGGGCUGUUCCAGAACCCCUGAGGGAACAUGGAGGAACAUGGAUAGUGUAUUUAUUGGACUCAUAUUGGGCCUGUAUUGUAUUUACUCAAAUACUCUGUCUCAUGAAAGGAAUUCCUGUCAAGCUGCUAAAAUGGGGAUGAAUUCAACACAGAAUGUUAGUUGUUGAUUGUCUUAGACUUGAAGCUCUCUCUCACAAUCUCUGUCUUCUUUCUAUCCACCUCUCUCUCCCUCCCUCCCUCCCUC